AUGGCGACCGGACACUCUCAGUUUGAGCUAGACUGGGACGUGUAUGACGAGCGACACGCAGCGGGUAACAGCCAGAGGAAGAGUGACGUGUUGCCCUCGCCCUCGCUCCAACAUGACCAUUCUCCACUCUUUUUCUACUCCAGGUCGACCAGCCCGACCCCCAGCGUGCCCAACAACUCCCCUACCAGUGAGCCUUAUGUGCCCGUCACCUCCCUCAUCUCCCUGGGUGACAGCACGUGCGUGGUGACGGACAGUUGUGUCGGCGUGACGCCCUCAGCUGUUAGCGUCACGUGGGCAACCACACCUUUCCCAGCCACCCACAUCGGCCCAAAGUGUCAGGCCCUGAGUGAGGGUAGAAGUGGUGCUGUAAGUGGCGGGCAGGGGGCCGGUGGCGUGAAGGGUGGGCAGGGGGCCGGUGGCGUGAAGGGCGGGCAGGGGGCCGGUGGCGUGAAGGGCGGGCAGGGGGCCGGUGGCGUGAAGGGUGGGCAGGGGGCCGGUGGAGGCAUAAGUAUUACAAGAAAGGUGACCCAUACAUCUCCUACACGCCCCACCACCACCACCCUGCCACCACUCACUGCCACCCCAAGGACUUCUUUACCGGCUGCCACGGCUGCUGGGAUUAGCCAAACUUCGUCGUCAUCAGGAGCCGCUGCCACCGAUGUCAAGAGCCGCGUCGCGCCCACAGCCGAUGAAAGGAAAAGUGAGCCGUCAAGACUGCCGCAAGGAGCUGCCACCAGAGACCUUGUGAGCCGAGGUCGCCACGCCCCCGCCACUCAGCCCUACGGCGUAGGGGUUUGUUCGCCAGCCUGUGCUCAAAACUUUGCCACACUUACUCGAGAACUUGGCGAAGCGAAAGAUCAACUGUUUGCCCUGUCUGUACAAAUGGAGGAGCAGGGAUCCCACAUUAACAAGCUCAUCGAGGAAAACAGAAGAUACAUCAGGGAGAGUGGCAAGAUGAAGAAGACUUGGGCGCGCGACGCUCACGACACCAACAUCGAGGAUACCCACAACCGCCUGUACAACACAGCAGACGACGCCGACGACCUCGCCAACCGAGUGUUUGCCCUACAGCUACAGAACAGCGAGCUGAAUGUGUGUCUGGAGAGAGAGAAGAGGAGAAGAAAAGAGGCAGAGGCAAGACAUGAAAGAGACGAAGGCUACAUUAAAAGACUGGAAGACAGUGUACAGACUCUGCGAGGCACCCGGGUGGUGAUGGACCCAGGAACAUACCGGCAGGUGGCUGAGGCUUACAUGGCCAACCGUCGCACGCCCGCACGACGCCCUCACACCCACUCUGGCCUCCCGGGCUCUGACCUUGUAUGUGACUCUUCCCAGGAUUCAUCUAUGAGUCGCCAGAGGCUGUCACACUCCUCCAGUUAUCCAUCCUCGCCCAACUCGUGUUCUUCCCCGUGUUCUUCGCCAAAAAUGUAUCCGUCCCUCUCAUCUGAAGACUCCCAACUGUACCCAGCUGAAAUCCCACUCUCGAGAGGUCGCAACAGCAAGACGAAAAAGGACCGCGGCCACAACCCUCACGAUCUCGGGCUAGGGUUGGGGGUAGGUGGAGGCGCCAUGAACCCUUGGGACUACCAGAAGCUACUAGAAAAUUUAGAAGACCUCGAUGGUGCUAGUAGAGGAGCCUUGUCCUGAAGAAGAGACGAAACUGGCUGUUGAAUCCCAAAACAGUAUUAUAUCUGAAACUUCCUUGUGGAUAUUUGAAGACUUGGCAUCUUUCGUGCAGAUGUGUCAACAAUAUUUACAUGGACAGGAAGACUGCAGAAAGCCUGUCAGUACUUCGAGUCUUGCUGGAGGCCCCUGUGCCCUGCCAGGUGCGCCACAUUAUCACGUGCUGCAAGUAAGCAUUGUCCAAGUGAUUUGUCCUUCAGCGUGGCGUGAUGUCGGUGUGACCAACUCUGUUGACCAAUGGUGCUGUUUUCUACUGUGUCGUGAAGAGGUUAUCCAGAAGAUGAUGAUUGAUCCAAAUAAUACUUGUCGAGACUCAGAUGUUGAUUAUGUUCAUCAUUAUGUAUUAACUCGCAAUCUGUGAUAAUUAAUGAGACUACGCUGAGUCCUUAACCUCCUGCGUCAUGUGGUCAGUACAAAUUUACUGCCAUACAGAAUAAAAUAAUUAAUAUUCAAAGCGAUUUUACAUACAGUAUAACGUAUAUAUUAUUUAACAGAAACAUGAUUUAGUAAUGCUCCACAAACCAUAAUCAUAUAACUGAUGUCAAGUUGAUUUAGUGCCAAAGAUUCCCAGGAUUGUAAACCUUACAAGAUGAAUCUUUGACAGCAGAAGAUUGUGUGGACAUUGAUGUAAUUCUUUGUGCCAUAAAGGUAAUAUUACUGAACAUUCAAUAACAGAAGAGGUGAACUUUAUGUGAGUCCCACGUUCACCACAGUUCAUCGAGAACACCAAUCUACCCGUUCAUGUUGCUCAGAUAUUGACAGUUCUGUUUGAAAACUUUGAAGGGUUGAAACAGUAACGAGAAUCUGCUUAUCUUGACUUGAGUUACUUACAAUUACUUAAGAUAGAAACGGGUACAGCACGCGCCUCCUGUUCCGGGGGUAGGUGGUUCGAUUCCCAGAGGCUCCCAGUUCACCCAGCUGUAAAUGGGUACCCAAAUUUACAACUUGGGGAAGGCAGAAGGGAGCAGCACAGGCCGAUGGGACCCACUCUCAAGAUGUUCACAACUGACUGAACCAAAUAAUAAAUUGUCAUUGAUCUUCUCUCAUGUUAUUUGGUUACUUACGAUGUUCAAAUAUGUCUGAAAACUUUAGGUGACAAUAACUGAAAUAAUACCAUGGAUUAUGCAGGUGGAUGACUGUGUUGACAAGAACAAGGGUAGAUGUAUUAAGUUACCAUACAGUGGAUGUUAUCAACAACUUUCAACAUUAAAUUAUUGGAACUGUCUUUUUUAUAUAA